CCGUUUGAUACCGGACGCCAGUUGGCUAUGUCGGUUAGUUACGUAGCCGGAUUCGAACCCCACACACGUGGUUACCCCACACGGUUUCUUAUUCCCACUAAAACAACGAGAAAAAAAACCUAUACGCGUAUUAAUGGCAUUAGAACUGUAUUUAAAAAAAUCGCGGUACGUGAUUGGUCGACUUCGUCUCCAUAGCCCAAUGGAUUAGAAAUGUCAAAAUUUAGCGGGAAAACUGCUUUGAAUUGUCAAACUCUAUUUAAUUAUUUCUUUUGAGUCUAUAAGUGUGUGUAUGUGUGUAGCAUGAAAUAAUAAAAUCAAAGGACUAUAAUUAAUACUAUUUGUCUUUCACAAUUAUAAUUUUUAUUUCAUAAAAUAAAUUGAAAUCGUGAACGUGCAUCUUUUGUGUAAGACCCCGAAGUGAAUCUGUGUUUUCUUUGGAUUUUCUCCAGCCUCAGAACAGAAAAUGUGGUGGCUACUGAAAUUUUCGAUUGUGCUACAAUGUGUCAGUUCUGUUCAAAUCAUAAACAUGAGGGUACCAGACAUAAUUCAGUACGGAACCAAGGACAAGGUCACAUUGGACUGUGACUACGUUACCAGUAACGUCACAGGCUUAGUCGUGAAAUGGUUCUAUAUGGACCGAUCCACUAGUAUAUAUCAAUGGAUUCCACCUCAGAAACCUCAAGCUCUGGGGAUGUUUAAAGAUAAGCUAGACCUAACAUACAAAGUAUCCCACAAUCCGUAUACGCAGCACCGAGCUCUGAGGAUCAUCAAACUAGAUCCUGAGUUGACCGGGAACUAUACGUGCGUGAUCUCAACCUUCCUGGCUGAAGACGAAAAGACGAAACCUAUGACUAUAUUUGUUCCAGAGAGAAAAUUCGACAUGAUACAAGAUCGCCUAGACGAGGACUAUUUGAAUAUCAUAUGCGCCGUAGAAGGAGUCUAUCCGAAGCCCGAACUCAACAUACUAGUUGGAAACAGGCUACUGAUAGAUACGAAGUCAUCGAUCAAUUUGAUAGACGGACGGUACACGGCGCUGACCACCGCCGUCGUGAACGUGAACUCGCUCCCGACAACUGUGGAGCUGCUGUGCGAGAUGCAAGUGCCGCUGGCCAACUACUACAGCAAGAAGAGGGAUCUGUUUUAUAGAGAUCCACCGACAACGACUCCGGAAUCACCUAACUCGGCCCCCGCACAGAGCGACGAUGGCUACAGAAUAGUUUCAAGGUCCCAAUUGAUUCUAUUGUUGCUGUUCAUACAACGCGUGAGACUUAGGAACACGUGACGGACACACAUUGAUAUAUAUUUACAUAUAUAUAGUUACUAUUCGCUGACGCAAAUCAAGUGUAAGCAUUUGUUGUGUACAAGUCUUUAACAAAUAAUCGCUUCAUUUAUCUGACGAAUAUUUCAACAAAGACCAUUGUGCAUAGUUUUCGUGACUUUAUAGGGCUUUUUUGUCAGUUGAGACACAAAUUUUCCUACAGGUAGCCCUCCUAUAACACGAUUAAUACAUUCCUACACAGUCCCGUGUUGUGCAAAACCGUGUUAUAUGAGACUUGAUAGGAGUGUAAUUUUCUAAAUAAAAAAGCUCAACUUCAUCAUCAUCAUUCUCCGGCCCUUCUCGCAGUCAACUGGGAUCGGCCCAACAAGUUUUCUCCUUCCACACUCUUCUAUUAUAUACCAUUUCCUCACUCACUCCCCUCUUACACAUAUCGUCUUAGAGGCAAUCCAUCCAUUUUUUCUUAGGUCUACCUCUUCCUCUAAAGCCUUCCACAUUCAUAUCUAAAACUCUCUUAAGAACCUUAUUGUCAUUGUCAUCUCAAGUACCUGUAUAUAUUUUUUUACGUAAAAUAUAGGUAAGCGGUACAAUUUCGGUUAUUCCCAUAUUAAACUAUGUGUUCAUAACUUCAUUAUCUAUAAUAAAUAAUUUUGAAAGAAAAUCUCAUUAUCGUGUUAUAGAAAUACCGUGCUAUAAGAGUGUUACCUGUGAUCUGUUAUUUACUUACCAAUGACGAAACAGAAAUCGCGAGGCUUUUUUUUUCUUCAAUCCUUCUUCGUCAUUCCCUCAUUAAUGAGGAUCGCGACCACACGUAUGCAGGUCUAUCCAUGAGGAUCGGUCCUCUACGACGGGAGCCGCCAGUUGGAGGCUGCCCCCAACUGUCCUCCUUAAAGUGUCCUACUUUUUGCUCAUUUCCCCUCCGCUUGACCUAAAGUGAGAAGCUUUUUCAAGAUUAUGCCUUGGAGAGCGCAUGAUAUUUCCGAAAAAGCGUAGUGUCCGGUCUUGGCAAAUGACGGAGACCCUCCCUAUGAUUCGUCAAUGAAUUCAACAAAAACCAAUAUUUGAUUUAUAGAUCCAUUCAUUUUCGGGACGGGAAACUCUUGCAUUAGCUAUUAAAAAUGUUUUAGAAUAAGUUAUUCUGUAUUUUGUAAUGUAUAAUGAAGGUUAGGGAGGUAUUUAUAAAAUGUCACUUUAAUUUAGACAUCACCUUUAGAAACGCAAUCGAAGUUUGACCUUGAAAUUGUUUUUUUUUUUAAUUUUUCUCGUCAAAUCACUAUAAAAUUAAUAUAAAAAAAUUAUAUGUAUGUACUUAUCGCUAUAUUGUCGACCAAAGAUGACGAUGUUGAUGUUACGACAUUCAAA